AUGCCCGGGAUCGUGGUGUUCCGGCGGCGCUGGUCUGUGGGCAGCGACGACCUGGUGCUGCCGGCCAUCUUCCUCUUCCUCCUGCACACCACCUGGUUUGUGAUCCUGUCCGUGGUGCUCUUCGGCCUGGUCUACAGCCCGCACGAGGCCUGCUCCCUGAACCUGGUGGACCACGGCCGCGGCUACCUGGGCAUCCUGCUGAGCUGCAUGAUCGCCGAGAUGGCCAUCAUCUGGCUGAGCAUGCGCGGGGGCAUCCUCUACACGGAGCCCCGCGAGUCCAUGCAGUACGUGCUCUACGUGCGCCUGGCCAUCCUGGUGAUCGAGUUCAUCUACGCCAUUGUGGGCAUCGUCUGGCUGACCCAGUACUACACCUCCUGCAACGACCUCACCGCCAAGAACGUCACCCUGGGGAUGGUCGUCUGCAACUGGGUGGUCAUCCUGAGCGUGUGCAUCACCGUCCUCUGCGUCUUCGACCCCACGGGCCGCACCUUCGUCAAGCUGCGGGCCACCAAGAGGAGGCAGCGCAACCUGCGCACCUACAACCUGCGGCACCGGCUGGAGGAGGGCCAGGCCACGAGCUGGUCGCGGCGGCUCAAGGUGUUCCUGUGCUGCACACGGACCAAGGACUCGCAGUCAGACGCCUACUCGGAGAUCGCCUACCUCUUUGCCGAGUUCUUCCGGGACCUGGACAUCGUGCCCUCCGACAUCAUCGCUGGCCUGGUCCUGCUCCGGCAGCGGCAGCGGGCCAAACGCAACGCCGUGCUGGACGAGGCCAACAACGACAUCCUGGCCUUCCUGUCGGGGAUGCCCGUGACCAGGAACACCAAGUACAUCGACCUCAAGAACUCGCAGGAGAUGCUGCGCUACAAGGAGGUCUGCUACUACAUGCUGUUCGCGCUGGCCGCCUACGGCUGGCCCAUGUACCUGAUGCGGAAGCCCGCCUGUGGCCUCUGCCAGCUGGCCAGGUCCUGCUCGUGCUGCCUGUGCCCCUCCCGGCCCCGGUUUGCGCCCGGCGUCACCAUCGAGGAAGACAACUGCUGCGGCUGCAACGCCAUUGCCAUCCGGCGCCACUUCCUGGACGAGAACCUGACGGCCGUGGACAUCGUCUACACCUCCUGCCACGACGCGGUGUACGAAACCCCCUUCUACGUGGCAGUGGACCACGACAAGAAGAAGGUGGUGAUCAGUAUUCGGGGAACCCUGUCCCCCAAGGAUGCCCUGACGGACCUGACCGGUGACGCCGAGCGCCUGCCGGUGGAGGGCCACCACGGCACGUGGCUGGGACACAAGGGCAUGGUCCUCUCGGCCGAGUACAUCAAGAAGAAGCUGGAGCAGGAGAUGGUGCUGUCCCAGGCCUUCGGGAGGGACCUGGGCCGCGGGACCAAACACUACGGCCUGAUUGUGGUGGGCCACUCCCUGGGCGCAGGCACCGCCGCCAUCCUGUCCUUCCUGCUGCGCCCCCAGUACCCGACCCUCAAGUGCUUCGCCUACUCCCCGCCGGGCGGCCUGCUGAGUGAAGACGCCAUGGAGUACUCCAAGGAAUUCGUAACGGCCGUGGUUCUGGGCAAAGACCUUGUCCCCAGGAUCGGCCUGUCCCAGCUGGAGGGGUUCCGCAGACAGCUCCUGGACGUCCUGCAGCGGAGCACCAAGCCCAAAUGGCGGAUCAUCGUGGGAGCCACAAAGUGCAUCCCCAAGUCGGAGCUGCCCGAGGAGGCGGAGGUGACCACCAUGGCCAACACGCGGCUCUGGACGCACCCCAGCGACCUGACCAUCGCCCUGUCGGCCAGCACCCCCCUCUACCCGCCUGGCCGCAUCAUCCACGUGGUGCACAACCACCCCGCCGAGCAGUGCUGCUGCUGCGAGCAGGAGGAGCCCACGUACUUCGCCAUCUGGGGCGACAACAAGGCCUUCAACGAGGUGAUCAUCUCCCCGGCCAUGCUGCACGAGCACCUCCCCUACGUGGUCAUGGAGGGGCUCAACAAGGUGCUGGAGAAUUACAACAAGGGGAAGACGGCCUUGCUCUCUGCUGCCAAGGUCAUGGUGAGCCCCACCGAGGUGGACCUCACUCCCGAGCUCAUCUUCCAGCAGCAGCCGCUGCCCACGGGGCCCCCCGUGCCCGCCGGCCUCGCCCUGGAGCUGCCCCCCGCAGACCACCAGAACAGCAACGCCAGAAGCAAGUCCCAGUCGGAGAUGAGCCUGGAGGGCUUCUCGGAGGGGCGGCUGCUGUCCCCAGUGGCUGCGGCCGCGGCCGCGCGCCAGGACCCUGUGGAGCUGCUGCUGCUGUCCACGCAGGAGCGGCUGGCGGCUGAGCUGCAGGCGCGGCGGGCGCCGCUGGCCACCAUGGAGAGCCUGUCGGACACGGAGUCGCUGUACAGCUUUGACUCGCGCCGCUCCUCGGGCUUCCGCAGCAUCCGCGGCUCGCCCAGCCUGCACGCCGUGCUGGAGCGCGACGAGGGCCACCUCUUCUACAUCGACCCCGCCAUCCCCGAGGAGAACCCGUCCCUGAGCUCCCGCACCGAGCUGCUGGCCGCUGACUCGCUGUCCAAGCACUCCCAGGACACCCAGCCCCUGGAGGCCGCGCCGGGCAGCGGGGGCGCCACCCCCGAGCGGCCCCCCAGCGCGGCAGCCCGCGAGCGGGGGCAGGAGGAGGGGGGCGGCGGGGGGGCGCCCCGCGGCGGCGAUGGCGGCGGCGGGGAGCUGGCGCUGCACAACGGCCGCCUGGGGGACUCGCCCAGCCCCCAGGUGCUGGAGUUCGCCGAGUUCAUCGACAGCCUCUUCAACCUGGACAGCAAGAGCGGCUCCUUCCAGGACCUGUACUGCAUGGUGGUGCCCGAGAGCCCCACCAGCGACUACGCCGAGGGCCCCAAGUCGCCCAGCCAGCAGGAGAUCCUGCUCCGGGCCCAGUUCGAGCCCAACCUGGUGCCCAAGCCCCCGAGGCGCUUCGCGGGCUCGGCCGACCCCUCCUCGGGCAUCUCGCUGUCGCCCUCCUUCCCGCUCAGCUCCUCGGGGGAGCUCAUGGACCUGACGCCCACCAGCCUCAGCAGCCUGGACAAGAUCCGGACUCCCUCCCCACCCGGCCGGGGGGCCGGCCCCGCCCAGCAGGAGGACCUGGCCAUCUCGGCACGCUAG